UCUCUCUUUCUCUCUCUCUCUGUCUCUGUCUCUCGCUCUCUCUCUCUAGCUCACUCUCUCCCUCCCUUUCCCUGCCUCUCACUCUCUAGCUCACUCUCUCCCUCCCUCUCCCUCCUCUCUAGCUCACUCUCUCCCUUCACCCCUCCCUUCGCCGUCGUCACCGCGCCGGGUCACGUGACUUUCGGCUCAUGGCGGCCGCGAUCGGAGGCUGGCUCGGGAUACUCUAGCCCGGGUUGUGGUCUGGUGCGUCCCUCCUCGGCCGCCCCUUCUCUGUCCUGUCGCAGCCGAGUCGGCGGAGCGGGGAUGGCGGAGCGAGGCCUGGAGCCGUCGGCUGCCGUGGUGGCGGCCUUACCGGCCGAGGUGCGGGCGCAGCUGGCCGAACUGGAGCUGGAGCUCUCGGAGGGAGAUAUCACCCAGAAAGGAUAUGAGAAGAAAAGAUCAAAACUUCUGUCUCCUUACAUCCCACAGAUACAAGGGAUUGAUUCUACAGUUCAGAAGGAACACAAAAACCAGACAGCUCCAUCCUCAGCGCCAUCUUCAACCCCUUCCAAGUAUCACCGAGGUCGGUCUGGGGGAGCCAGAGAUGAAAGAUAUCGAUCAGAUAUUCACACAGAAGCUGUACAAGCUGCAUUGGCCAAGCAUAAAGAACAGAAAAUGGCUCUGCCCAUGCCAACUAAAAGACGGUCCACAUUUGUCCAGUCUCCUGCAGAUGCCUGCACACCUCCAGACACAUCUUCUGCCUCUGAGGAUGAGGGCUCUCUAAGAAGACAAGCCGCUCUCUCUGCUGCCUUGCAACAGAGUUUACAGAAUGCUGAGUCCUGGAUCAACCGUUCAAUUCAGGGGUCAUCCACUUCUUCAUCAGCGUCUUCCACACUGUCCCAUGGCGAGGUCAAAGGAACCACUGUGUCACUAGCUGAUGUGUUUCCCAAUACUCGAAUAGAGAAUUUCUCUGCACCCCCUGAUGUCACUACAACUACCUCCUCUUCUUCAUCCUCUUCUUCAAUUCGCCCAGCAAAUAUUGAUCUGCCCCCCUCGGGGAUAGUUAAAGGCAUGCACAAAGGGUCUAACCGUUCCAGCCUUAUGGACACAGCUGAUGGUGUCCCUGUCAAUAGCAGAGUUUCUACAAAAAUCCAGCAACUUCUGAAUACUCUGAAACGACCCAAAAGACCUCCCUUAAAGGAAUAUUUUGUAGAUGAUUCUGAAGAAAUUGUAGAAGUACCUCAGCCAGACCCAAACCAGCCCAAACCAGAAGGACGUCAGAUGACUCCUGUGAAGGGAGAGCCUUUGGGAGUCAUCUGUAACUGGCCCCCUGCUCUAGAAUCAGCACUGCAACGGUGGGGGACCACUCAGGCCAAAUGUCCUUGUCUAACUGCACUUGACGUUACCGGGAAGCCAGUUUAUACUCUAACAUAUGGAAAAUUAUGGAGCAGAAGCCUCAAGUUGGCCUACACCCUGCUUAAUAAACUGGGGACAAAAAAUGAGCCAGUAUUAAAACCUGGAGACAGGGUGGCUCUGGUCUAUCCCAACAAUGACCCUGUCAUGUUCAUGGUGGCUUUCUAUGGAUGUCUCCUAGCAGAAGUAAUCCCUGUACCCAUAGAGGUGCCUCUCACUAGAAAGGAUGCUGGAGGACAGCAGAUUGGCUUCUUGCUGGGAAGUUGUGGUGUGACAUUAGCUCUCACCAGUGAAGUUUGUCUGAAGGGGCUUCCAAAAACUCAGAAUGGAGAAAUUGUACAGUUUAAAGGUUGGCCCCGUCUCAAGUGGGUUGUAACAGAUUCCAAAUAUCUUUCCAAAUCACCUAAAGACUGGCAGCCGCACAUCUCACCUGCUGGCACAGAACCUGCCUACAUAGAGUACAAGACAAGCAAGGAAGGGAGUGUCAUGGGAGUCACAGUGUCCCGACUUGCCAUGCUGUCUCACUGCCAAGCCCUGUCACAGGCCUGCAACUAUUCUGAGGGGGAAACCAUAGUAAAUGUAUUGGACAUCAAAAAGGAUGCUGGACUGUGGCAUGGCAUAUUUGCGAAUGUAAUGAAUAAGAUGCACACAAUUAGUGUUCCCUACUCAGUGAUGAAGACCUGUCCCCUGUCCUGGGUCCAGAGAGUCCACACUCACAAAGCCAAAGUGGCUUUAGUUAAAUGUCGAGAUUUGCAUUGGGCAAUGAUGGCACAUCGGGACCAAAGAGAUGUGAGCUUGAGUUCUCUCCGUAUGCUAAUCGUGACUGAUGGAGCUAAUCCUUGGUCUGUAUCGUCCUGUGAUGCUUUCCUGAGUCUAUUUCAGAGCCAUGGUCUAAAACCUGAGGCCAUUUGUCCUUGUGCCACCUCUCCUGAAGCUAUGACUGUUGCAAUUCGCAGACCUGGAGUUCCAGGGGCCCCCUUGCCAGGACGAGCUAUUCUUUCAAUGAAUGGCUUAAGUUAUGGGGUAAUUCGUGUCAAUACUGAAGAUAAAAAUUCAGCUCUGACAGUACAGGAUGUGGGACAUGUAAUGCCUGGAGGGAUGAUGUGCAUUGUAAAACCAGAUGGACCACCCCACCUCUGCAAAACAGACGAAAUUGGAGAGAUCUGCGUCAGCUCCAGAACAGGAGGAAUGAUGUACUUUGGACUUGCUGGUGUGACUAAAAACACAUUUGAGGUGAUUCCAACUAAUGUUGCAGGUUCUCCAAUUGGAGAAGUACCCUUUGUCCGGUCAGGAUUGCUUGGAUUUGUUGGUCCAGGUAGCCUUGUAUUUGUGGUUGGAAAAAUGGAUGGGUUGCAGAUAGUUAGUGGCCGAAGACAUAAUGCUGAUGACAUUGUUGCAACUGGAUUGGCGGUUGAAUCAAUAAAGACUGUCUAUAGAGGCAGGAUCGCCGUGUUCUCAGUGCCGGUGUUCUACGAUGAGCGCAUUGUAGUGGUGGCCGAGCAACGGCCUGAUGCUUCGGAGGAAGACAGCUUCCAGUGGAUGAGCCGAGUGCUGCAGGCAAUUGACAGUAUUCAUCAAGUGGGGGUAUAUUGUCUUGCUCUAGUUCCAGCUAAUACUUUGCCAAAAACUCCACUUGGAGGAAUUCAUAUAUCUCAGACAAAACAGCACUUUCUGGAGGGGUCUCUGCAUCCUUGUAACAUUCUGAUGUGCCCACAUACAUGUGUCACCAAUUUGCCAAAACCUCGGCAAAAACAACCAGUUGUAGGUCCUGCCUCUGUGAUGGUUGGGAACCUCGUUGCUGGAAAACGAAUCGCACAAGCUUCAGGGAGGGACCUUGGGCAAAUUGAAGAGAAUGAUUUGGUGAGAAAGCACCAAUUUCUGGCAGAGGUAUUACAGUGGAGAGCCCAAGCCACGCCUGACCAUAUACUUUUCCUUCUGCUAAAUGCUAAGGGAACCACUGUAUGCACAGCCAGCUGCCUUCAGCUCCACAAGAGAGCAGAGAAAAUUGCAGGGAUUCUUUAUGAUAAAGGACACCUAAAUGCAGGGGAUAAUGUAGUGCUUCUUUAUCCUCCUGGCAUUGAGUUAAUUGCUGCGUUCUAUGGCUGUCUCUAUGCUGGGUGCAUUCCUGUGACAGUUCGACCUCCUCAUGCUCAGAACCUUACUGCCACCCUACCCACUGUCCGCAUGAUUGUUGAUGUCAGUAAAGCAGCCUGUAUUCUCACCACUCAAACCCUGAUGAGGUUGCUGAAGUCUAGAGAGGCAGCAGCAGCUGUAGAUGUGAAAACUUGGCCAACCAUCAUCGACACAGAUGAUUUACCCAGGAAGCGGCUACCUCAGCUGUAUAAGCCUCCCACCCCAGAGAUGCUGGCAUACCUCGAUUUUAGUGUUUCUACAACCGGCAUGCUUACAGGAGUGAAGAUGUCCCACUCGGCUGUAAAUGCUCUUUGUAGAGCCAUCAAACUCCAGUGUGAACUAUACUCCUCUCGGCAGAUUGCCAUCUGCCUGGACCCCUACUGCGGACUUGGCUUUGCCCUCUGGUGCCUCUGCAGUGUGUAUUCAGGUCACCAGUCCAUUUUAAUUCCUCCCAUGGAGCUAGAAAACAACCUUUUCCUUUGGCUUUCUACUGUAAACCAGUACAAAAUAAGGGACACUUUCUGUUCCUAUUCAGUAAUGGAGCUGUGCACCAAGGGGCUUGGAAACCAAGUGGAAGUCCUAAAAGCAAGAGGCAUAAAUCUGUCCUGUGUCCGGACCUGUGUAGUGGUUGCCGAAGAGCGGCCUCGAGUCACCCUCCAGCAUUCCUUCUCCAAGCUUUUCAAAGACAUUGGCCUCUCUCCCCGAGCCGUCAGCACGACAUUUGGAUCGAGGGUCAACGUAGCAAUCUGUUUACAGGGGACCUCAGGGCCUGAUCCAACUACUGUGUAUGUAGAUCUGAAAUCGCUAAGACAUGACAGGGUUCGUCUUGUGGAAAGAGGAGCCCCCCAGAGUCUACUUCUCUCAGAAUCUGGAAAGAUCCUGCCUGGGGUCAAAGUGGUCAUUGUUAAUCCAGAAACCAAAGGGCCUGUUGGAGAUUCUCAUCUUGGAGAGGUUUGGGUGAACAGCCCGCACACAGCCAGUGGCUACUACACCAUCUAUGAUAAUGAGACUCUCCAAGCUGACCACUUCAACACUCGGCUCAGUUUUGGGGAUGCUGCUCAGACACUCUGGGCCCGGACCGGGUACCUUGGGUUCGUUCGCCGAACUGAGCUUACAGCAGCCACUGGAGAGCGUCAUGAUGCAUUAUAUGUAGUAGGAGCCCUGGAUGAAACUCUGGAGCUGAGGGGAUUACGUUACCACCCAACUGAUAUAGAGACCUCAGUCUCUCGGACACACAGGAGCAUUGCUGAAUGCGCUGUGUUCACGUGGACCAACCUGCUGGUGGUCGUGGUGGAGCUGUGUGGCUGUGAGCAGGAAGCCCUGGAUCUGGUGCCGCUGGUGACCAACGUGGUCCUGGAGGAGCACUACCUCAUCGUGGGGGUGGUGGUCGUGGUGGACCCGGGCGUCAUCCCCAUCAAUUCCAGAGGAGAGAAGCAGCGGAUGCACCUCCGGGACAGCUUCCUGGCCGACCAGCUGGAUCCUAUCUACGUGGCCUAUAACAUGUAACGGUGCGUGCUAGGCCUGCAGCCAGCUCCUGGGAGCCCGAGGAGGAAACGGCUGAAAAGAAGUGCUAAUGCGUGCCGCACAGUGAUCCGAGGUGGAUGUCUUGUUCUUUCAUCUCGUCCGAUGAGACUCUUCUGGCAUGUGACAGACAGCAAAGGGGAAUUCAUUGGCAGCAAAUGAGAAAGUGAUGGUUUACUUGGUGUGGCCUUUUGGCGUUGGCAGUGGGGAGCAGCACAUUCGCGAGCCUUUGCUGAAUGGCUGUUACAUGUUACAUCCCUUGUACAUACUUGUAUUUUUACCUAAUGCUGUCUUAGAAUUUUGCAAAGGGAUUUAUUAACAUACAGAAGAUAGUCCGAGCUCCGCAGUUCUCCAGCAUAGACUGUAUUUUGCAAUGAUACUGUAGCUAGUGCUUUGGGCUUCAUUAGCACGGGUCAUGCCAUGAGCACGCUGGGUAGCCCAGAAUCCAGCCCUCCUGGCCCCACGGGCACUCGUCCAAAAGAGAAAGGGCUUUGCCUAUAUUCUGAAGAUGUAAAUAAUAGUGUGCAUAAUUCAGCUCAGCAGCAGAGGGCUCGGCUAACCACAACUGCCUCACUAGAAACAUUUAGGACUGCAAGCUUAAGACUCCUAGCAUCCCCCUGGCCAGACGACUCAGACCUGUUGAGUGCUCUGCGGGGGUCCAUCGCGCCCUGGGCUGUGACUGCUGGCUGGCAUGUUUCAGGCCGUCCGUCAGGCUGCCUGUGGCCCUGUUUAAAGCCCGCCUCCCUGUAGAGUAAACUGAAGUUGUAAACAUUAAUACUGCUUCUUCUGCUAGUUGACCAACUAAAAGUCUCACUUCACAAAACAAACCACUCAAAGCCCCCCCCAGAGGCCCUUACCCUGGGGAGACCCCAGGCCUUACUAUUCCCAGUUUUCCAGUUGUGCUUUGGGGUGUCAGAACCGCCUGACGUGAUGAAAUUCCUCCUCCCAAGCCUCACUGCUCCUUUGUAGCCAAACCUCUGUCUGCAAUUUCUGCAUACAGUUUCUUUGUUUUAAAACUGGAAAGUUCUUUCUCAUUUCAUACUCCUGGGGAGCAGAGGGGAGGGGAGGAACGUUUGUCAGGUGGAAACUAUGCAUACGUGGUUAGGGGAAAACAAAGUUGAGAAGGGAGUGCGAUAAGUAGCUGAUGCAUUGCAACAGAAAUAAAAAGUUCCGUGUUGGCCAACUCCUCCACAUGCCAGCCUUAGAAAGUGCUCAUGGGGGAGCCCUGUUGUAUGCAAAACACGCUGUUUUGGAAUGACUGUGGGGCCCAGGCCUAGCAGACUGAGCAAAAGGCAGGGCCAAAUUUGCCUCUAACUCAGUUUCCUUUUUUGGUCUGAUCCUUCAUGUAUUCGAACAUAGUUGGAUUCUAUUAUUUUUUUCUUACAGAAAUAUUUUUUAAAAUAAAAAAAAUAAAAAGAACCACCAAACCCUCAAAGUGAAUAAGACUUUAGAAUGGUUCUCUUGGAUCCAUCUAGUCUAAUGUGUAAAUACUUACUUACUCUAUUUUAAUAAUGCAUAUUAUUUACCCCAAUGUAACAUCAUGUAAACUAAGUAUGUUUUUAAACAAUUUUUAAGACUUGUAUUUACCCUGAAAAUAAGGUUUAUAAUGCAGAGACAGACCCUUCUCGAGAGCAGUGCUCGCAAGCGCUGCAUGAACCCAGCCCUGUGACUUGAAACCACUUUAUUACUGUCCUCUUCCUUGUCCUCAUUUCUUUUCUUCUUGUUCUCCAACAAGGGCAGGCCCCCGAACAUGUUCUGAUUCCAGAUCCGUGCUUUAAUAUUUUAAGUCAAUUCAUCUGAGAUGCGAGAGUGUGUAAGAAAAGCAGUCCAUCGAGACAAACGUGGGACCUCUUUCCCCAGUUUGGUGUGAUUUAAAAUCCUGCCAGAAUUCAUUCUGGACAGAGCAGAGGGCCAUAGCAAACAGCUGUUUCAAAAGAACUGCCUUUUUCUUUCUAAUUCGGAAGGAAAAAUAUAUGAAAUAGUGUAGAUCAUCCCUGCUAGAGUGUAGAAAGUAGGCAUGCCCUGUAGACUCGCCUUUCCCAAAAGAGCCUCCAUCCAGGAGCCAGAGUGCCGGCAGCUUUGAGGGCUGAGGAUGCGGGGGGUGAGGUGGAUAGCGUUGGCCUUUCUCGCUUACAGUCCUGCCUCCGCUCUUUGAGACAUCUCACGGCUUUUGUCCUCCGUCUCCAUUACUCUAUGACUAGCGCUUCUGCUCAUGGCGUUGGGAAAUCCCAUAGCUGGAAGGGCCUGGCGAGAUCAUCGGGUCCCACCUCUGCCGGAAAGCUGCAGGGAGGAGGAACUUCUACCUCCCGAGGCACCCUGUUCGAGGUCUGGGCAGCUCUGAUUGUUAACUACGUCUUCCACAGAGCGAGCCACCCUCUGCCUGCCUCCCUGCAGCUUCCGGGGACCUCUGCUACGAGGGCCCCAGUUCUUCGGCCUCUCUUGGGAUACUUGAAGAGGCUGUCCUUAGCCUCAGGUCAGCUCCCGUUGAUGCUGAACAUGGAUCUGCCCUGUACAGAGCACUUGGUGCCUCCCUGAAUCUUUCCCUUUCUCAGGCGGGGUCCCUGGUUCUGGCAGCCUCUCUUGUGGAUACGGUCCGACAUUAAAUCCCUGAGAAAACUGGCGAAACUCGGGUUUACCAGAGCGGGCCAGCUCCCCUCCCCCUAAGAAUAGCCCCUGCUCCCCUCGCCCUUUGCCGUGGGGUUUGCUUGAGGUCUUUGGGGUGCAGAGCCCCUGAGGCGCCCUGUCUUUAAAUGCAGAGGAUGAUGCAGGAUCCAGCUCCGUUCCUCCCCGGAGCCCCUGGCCGUUGGCUUCCCCCAGUGCUGCCUGGCGUAGCCGGGCCCGGGUAGACAUUGCCUCUUCUAAGGUCAUCUCCUGCGCCCAGCCUCAGCCGACUAGCACACCACCCGGCAGUCUGAGACGGGAGGAGAAAGCGUUUUCAUUCGUUAAGGAAUAGGUUUUCCUCUCAGUCCAAAGACCCCUAUUCCUCCCAUGGAGACCCUCACAUUGUCGGAGCAGCUAAUACAGCAAUAAAGGCAGCUUCUUUGGAAGAAGGGAAACCACUCAGCGGGAGCUAGAAACGUGCUGCCCCGUCCUUGGCAGCCCAGCUGGGCUGGCUCCUCCCUGGGCAAGUCCUUGCUUCUCCCCUCCUCUCCAGGUCAGGGACCAUCACCCUCGAGCUAGGGGCGCCCUUAGGACCUCCGCAUCUGCCUAGACUUGGUGCUGGACCUCUGUCUCGCACCAGACCCCGGAGUCACGCUUGCUCUCCGCUCCAGAGCGAUCAUGCCUUAGCACUGUUUUGUCGUCUGCUGUCCCGUACUGGUGGCGAGAGCAAGUGGCGCAGGAAGCUUCCGUACUCUCCAAACCGGAGGCGUUUCCUUGGUCGUCUCCACAGCCUUCGGACUGACUUUCAUGUAGACGGGCCGUGUUAUUUGUCAAGAGGAUGAGAUUGUAAAGAUGGGAGAGUCAUUUUUUAGUCCCAAAUGCAGGUUUUUUUUUACUUUCUGUCAAAUAUUUACCAGUGUCAAAUUCAAACUAUAAUACUAUGUAAUUAUGUAUAAAGUUUUUUAUUUAUUUGAAAUUAGACUAGAGAUACAUUUUUUAAAUUUAACAUCUGGCUGGACAGUGUUCUAUUAACUCAUUGAAUGUGUUUCCUUUGUCUUGUGUUAAUAAAUAUGGAUGCCUGUU